UCUCACCAUCUCUGCCCCUCCCGACGAUCUUCUUCUUUGCUUUCUCCGUUUCAUCAUACUUCUCUCUCUCUCUCUCUUUUAACUCCGUUUAUAUUUUCCGUCUAAAGUUUACAAAGGAAGACGAAUGUCAGGUUUUGACGGCGUUGAAAAUCAAAUGAACGGUCCAGAUUCAUCUCCUCGUCUCUCUCAAGAUCCUCGUGAGCCGCCUUGCUCAUUAUCAUCUCCUUGUUUCCCAAUCACCCUCAAGUUCGUCGAUGUGUGUUACCGAGUCAAGGUCCCUGGCAUGAGUAAUGAUUCUUGUAGUUUCAAGAAUUUCUUAGGACCAAAACACCAACCCUCUGAUGAGACAAGAUCGACGGAGGAGAGGACGAUACUUAGUGGAGUCACGGGGAUGAUAUCACCCGGGGAGUUUAUGGCCGUUCUUGGACCAUCGGGGAGUGGCAAAUCGACGUUGCUAAACGCUGUCGCGGGGAGGCUCCAUGGCUCAAACCUCACCGGAAAAAUACUCAUCAACGACGGUAAAAUAACGAAACAAACAUUAAAACGCACCGGAUUUGUAGCGCAAGACGAUCUCCUCUACCCUCACUUAACUGUACGUGAAACCUUAGUUUUCGUCGCCUUGCUUCGUCUCCCUCAGAGUUUAACCAGAGACGAUAAGAUCAGAGCCGCUGAGUCGGUUAUAUCUGAGCUUGGUCUAACGAAAUGUGAGAACACUGUCGUUGGAAACACUUUUAUUAGAGGGAUCUCUGGUGGAGAGAGGAAACGAGUGAGUAUAGCUCAUGAACUGCUUAUAAACCCGAGUCUCUUGGUUCUUGAUGAGCCUACCUCGGGUCUUGAUGCUACUGCGGCUCUAAGGCUUGUUCAAACCCUUGGUGGUUUGGCUCAUGGGAAAGGGAAGACGGUGGUUACGUCGAUUCAUCAGCCUUCGAGCCGUGUGUUUCAGAUGUUUGAUACUGUGCUUCUUUUGAGUGAAGGGAAGUGUUUGUUCGUCGGAAAAGGAAGAGACGCCAUGGCUUACUUCGAGUCCGUCGGAUUCUUGCCGGCGUUUCCUAUGAACCCGGCUGAUUUCUUACUCGAUCUUGCUAACGGAGUUUGUCAAACUGACGGUGUAACGGAACGGGAAAGGCCAAACGUGAGACAAACGCUGGCCACGGCUUAUGACACAUUGCUAGCCCCACAAGUCAAAACUUGCAUCGAAGCAUCACAUCCUCCUCUAGAGAACUCACGUUUUGUGAAAACGCGAGUAAACGCGGGUGGAAUAACGGCUGGUAUCACAACUUGGUUUAGCCAACUCUGCAUUCUCCUCCAUAGACUUUUAAAAGAACGGCGUCACGAAUCCUUCGAUGUACUUCGUGUUUUCCAAGUCGUCGCGGCUUCUGUUCUUUGUGGCCUGAUGUGGUGGCACUCUGAUUAUCGAGAUUUACAUGACCGACUAGGCCUACUCUUCUUCAUAUCCAUCUUCUGGGGUGUACUUCCAUCUUUUAACGCGGUCUUCACGUUUCCUCAAGAACAUGCUAUUUUCACUCGAGAACGCGCGUCUGGUAUGUACACACUCUCUUCUUACUUCAUGGCCCAUGUCCUCGGAUCGCUCUCCAUGGAGCUCGUUCUUCCAGCAGCGUUCUUGACAUUAACUUACUGGAUGGUCGGUCUACGCCCCGGGGCUGUCCCGUUCCUCCUCACCCUCUCCGUGCUCUUACUAUACGUUUUAGCGUCACAAGGACUCGGACUUGCCCUUGGUGCAGCGAUCAUGGACGCUAAAAAGGCUUCUACUAUCGUGACCGUGACAAUGCUAGCGUUUGUCUUAACUGGUGGUUACUACGUCAACAAAGUUCCAACCGGGAUGGUUUGGAUGAAGUACGUUUCAACGACGUUUUAUUGUUACCGUCUUUUAGUGGCGAUCCAGUACGGAAGUGCGGAAGAGAUACUGCGGAUGUUCGGAUGCGACUCGAAGGGAAAGCAAGGAGCGUCUGCGGCGACAACGGCUGGAUGCAGGUUCGUGGAGGAGGAAGUGGUCGGAGAUAUUGGUCUAUGGACGAGCGUUGGCGUUUUGUUUCUGAUGUUUGUUGGGUACAGAGUAUUGGCGUAUCUAGCUUUGAGGCGUAUUAAAAUUUAAACAUUAAACAAAAAUGAGAGAGGGGAGAUAAAUUAAAUAAAUAAAUGAGUGGGUAAAAUUUAAUUUUUAUUAGGCUUUAAUUCUGAAUAUUAUAAGCUGUUGCUAGUUGUAAUUUUGCGAUUUGGCAACGGGGUUAGGGGGUUUAAUUUGUUCGAAUGCUUCAGUUUUUAACAUGUGAAAAUGAAAAUGACAAAGUAUUUUUA